CAUGCCGGGGAUGGACACAUAGGAUAACAUGCCGGGGAUGGACACACAGGAUAACAUGCCGGGGAUGGACACACAUAGGAUAACACGCCGGGGAUGGACACAUAGGAUAACAUGCCGGGGAUGGACACAUAGGAUAACAUGCCGGGGAUGGACACAUAGGAUAACAUGCCGGGGAUGGACACCUAGGAUAACAUGCCGGGGGGAUGGACACGUAGGAUAACAUGCCGGGGAUGGACACGUAGGAUAACACGCCGGGGAUGGACACACAGGAUAACAUGCUGGGGAUGGACACAUAGGAUAACAU